AUGAGCUAUUUUGAUACCUUGAAACUUUCCUACACCAACGUCGAUACUUCCAACGGUAUCAACACUGAGCAAUUUUUGGAGGCCACUGAAGGCGUGGUCAAGUUGUUUGACUUGCUCGGCUCAAGUGCUUUCUCGGUUGUCCAAAAUGAUAUGAACGGCAACAUUAAGAAAAUCCGUGAAAAGUUGCAGAGCGAUGCUGCCACCAACAACACGCUUCAAAACCUCAUGGCAGCUGAAGCACCACAAAAGAAACGCGUUGCCACUGAAGGCUUGUUGUGGCUUUCUCGUGGUUUGGAUUUCACGGCUCAAGCUCUUCGUCGCAGCAUUGAGAAUCCUGAAGAAGAGCUCAACACCUCCUUUACCAAGGCCUAUGAAGCCACCCUCAGAAAACAUCACAACAUGAUGGUGCGCCCUGUCUUUGCUCUUGCCAUGAAAGCAUGCCCUUACCGCAAGGACUUUUACCAAAAGAUUGGCGUGCUCACUGAUGCUGCGCUUGAAGUGAUGAAGGCUUGGUUGCAGGCUUUGGAAACCAUCCUUGCAACCAUCAACGCCGUGUUCAAGGAACAUCCCGAGUAUAUCAAGGGCAUGUAA